AUGAUCCCCAUCAAUGAUUCUAUGCCUGAAGAACAGCUUAUGGCAAUCAUGAUCUUGAAGGAGAGUUUUGAUGAGAAAGCCAGGCUGGAAGAAGUUAAGGCUCUGCGUGAUGAGAAUUUGCCAUGGUAUGCUGAUAUAGUGAACUUCAUGGUGUCCGGAGAAGUCCCUAGUAGCUUUGAUGCUUACAAGAGAAAGAAAUUCUUCAAGGAUGCUAGGCAUUACUAUUGGGAUGAGCCCUACUUGUACAAGAGAGGACCAGACAGCAUUUACAGGAGAUGCAUAGCUGAAGAGGAUGUGCAAGGAGUUCUAGAGCAUUGCCAUGGGAUGCAGCAGACUACAUUGCCAAGUGUGAUCCGUGCCAAAGGAAAGGAGGGAUCACCAAGAGGGACGAGAUGCCACUAA